AUCAAGCAAUAUCAUCAAAUAUCCUCCUCUACUUUAUGAAGAAGGGAAAUCGCCUCUCCAACAUAGGAGCAUGAACCACAAUUGUUUUGUGUCCAAAAUUGGAAUUUUGAGAGAAGGAUUAGGGGUGGACGUGUGGGAUAAACUCAAGGACUCAUCUCUUGGAGUGUUUAUAAAGUUUGCUGAAUUGGAAUACACCUGGGCUGCGCAGAGAGUUCACUUUCUACUCACACAUCAGCUGAGAAUCAACAACAUUCAUGAGGUUUGGUCUUUGAUCGAUAAUAGGCCAAUUAGAUUUUCUUUAAAUGAGUUUGCAGAGAUAACAAGGUUAAAUUGUGAUGCAUUUGACCUUUUAGAGAACUUUGAUGUUGAUCACCAUGAUUUCUGGAAAGAAAUGAAAAUACCAACAACCCUUGAUGGUCCUAUGUGGAGUGAGUUGGUAAAGGUUAUUGAUUCUAGCAAAACAUGGCAUCUUGAUAAGAGGAUGAUGGUUGGUAGGUUAUGUUUGUUGUCAGUAUGCGUACAUGGAAUUCAUCAUACAUCUAGAAUCCCGUUGGCAACCGCUAAGAGAGUUUUAGAUCCAGUUGCUUUUGAAAAACAUCAAUGGGGUUGGGUUGCUUGUAGUAGUCUAGUGAAUUCUAUGAAGAUGGUUGACUAUCACAGAGAUUCAUACACCAUACACGGGUGUGUUCAUGCUUUGUUAAUUUGGUUGUAUGAGAGUGUUACUGGAAUAGGAGAAAGUUAUGGGGUUAGAAGGAUAGAAACCACUGGUGUUCCACUUCUUGAUUGGCGAUCAUCUCGAAAACGUAUCAACUUCACAAACUUCAUCCAAAACGAGAAGAAGUUGCAUGGACAGGUUCGUGUUAGGCAUAUGGUUCAUGUUUCAGAGGAAAACAUGUAUCCUCUAUGGUCUGACACAGAUGAGCAUACGGAUCUACACCUAGACGAGCUACUUAAAGAUCUCAUUCAUAACCGUUUGUCUCUAGAUGCUUGGAGUUGUGUCAAAACAGUUGGUAUAAGUUCAAAAAAGAAGAAAAGAAGUGCUGAAGCUGAUAAGGUGAAUGACAACAGAGGGUGCAAUCCUAAGAAAAAAAGAUUGACAGAUAGUGAUCCUAAAUGUGAACAAGGAGAAAAUGUAACCAACAUGGAGGAUGGUAAGGAUGACAAGUCAAUUUCUUUGGAUAUUUGGAGGGCGAUUGAGAAAAUGAAUGAGACUAUUUCUGACUUGGGCAAAACACUCAACAGUCGAAUAGAUGCUUUGGAGAGUAAAUUUGAAACAUUCGUUGAAAAAAAAAUGACGGUGUUCAAAGAGGAGAUGGGUGAGAGGAUUAAAGCAUUGGAGAAAGAAAGAAAAGAGCCUAAAGACGCUGAUGUACGGAAUGAUGCCACUUCGCACACCAUUAACGAUGAUGAGGGAACAAGUAAAACACCUUCAUGGAUUGUUGAGAUGAAGCAGACAUCACAAGAUGAAUUUCCAGUUCAAAGGGUGGUGAGGAAGGAAUCUGUGAAGAAAGCUAAAUUGAAAAUAGCUUCCAAUUCUGAAGAUACAUGGUCCAACAAGGAGGAUCAGUUGGUAUAUAAAAAACUUGAGGUGACAUUAAACCUCCUUGGAGAGGCUUUGACGAAGUUGGAUGGACCUGGACCUUCGGAGACUUCUAGACGCGUGCCCCAGUUGGCAGAAUCGCAGAAGUAUCCUUACCUUGGUAACUCGACAGUCAAGCGGAUCAUUACAGAGGGUGAUAAUGUGUUAGGCGAUCAUCUUAAGCCUGUAGAUGAUGAGAAACAUCAGAGACUUCUGGAUUUUCUCAGCCUUGAUAAGUAUACAUCAACAACUCUGAAUAGUUUAUAA